CACGUGGAUACUUGCAAUGUGUCAUCUCUCUUCCUUUCAACAAUUCACUCUCAUCUCUUCUCUUCCUUAUUUAUGUUUCCAAACCAAAAUCCAGCUAGCUCUCCUGUCUUCUUUCGUAUUCAUUUCACGCAUACACACUAGAUAUAUAGUCUUUAACUACAAGUCUUAUUUUUCCUCACUCACCCAAAAAAAGAAAAAAAAAAGGGGUCAUAUUCUUUGUAUAGUUUUAGGGGUGAGAAUAUAUAUAAAAUGGGAAAGAUAUCUGACAAGGUGCAUGGUUUAAAGACAGUAAUAAUGAUGGUGUUUAUUCAAGCAGCUUAUGCUGGAAUGAGUUUGUUGUACAAAUUGGCAUCAAAUGAUGGAAUGAAUUUGAGGGUUUUAAUUGCUUAUCGCUUCCUCUUUGCUGCCGCUACUGUUGUUCCUUUAGCCCUUUACUUUGACAGAAAGAGUAGGCCAAAAAUGACAUGGAUGGUAAUGCUGCUUGCGUUUCUUUCUGCACUCUUUGGGGGUUCAAUGCCACAAAAUUUGUAUGCAGAAAGUUUAGUCCUGACUUCAGCAACUUUUGCUACAGCUAUGAUUAAUCUCAUUCCUGGCAUCACUUUCGUUGUAGCCAUACUCUUCAGGUUGGAGAAGUUGGGUUUGAAGACAAGGGCAGGUCAAGCAAAGGUGUUGGGAGCAUUAAUUGGAAUAGGUGGGGCUAUGCUUCUCACUUUCUACAAAGGCUUGGAAAUUAAAACUUGGUCAAUCAAAAUUAACUUUAGAGGACACAUGGCACCCUCUCAGCAACACCAAAAACCAUAUGCUCACAUUUUGGGUCCUAUUUUGGCUAUUUGUAGUUGCUUUUCCACAGCAUUUUCCCUCAUUUUUCAGGCCAAGAUGAGUGAGUUGUACCCUUGUCAUUUUUCUAGCACUGCCUUAAUCUCCAUUAUGGGAGCACUUCAAGCUGGAGGUUUUGCCCUUUCUACUGAAAGAGAUUGGAGCCAAUGGAAAUUAGGAUGGAACCUUAGGCUGCUUGUUGUAGUCUAUGCGGGGGUAGUGGCUUCUGGAAUAACCAUCAUCUUCUUGAUGUUCUGUGUAAGAAUGAGAGGUCCACUGUUCGUGUCUAUUUUCACCCCUUUAAUGCUUGUAUGUGUUGCCAUUGGUGGUUCUUUAUUUUUCAACGAGAAACUACACUUGGGAAGUGUGAUGGGAGCAACGAUAAUAAUAUGUGGAUUGUACAUGGUGUUAUGGGGGAAGAACCAAGAAAUUAAAAGCACUUCCAAAUUGACCCCUUCAACGAAGUAUGAAGAAUCUGACCAAGAUGAUCAUAUUGUCCCUAGCAAUGUCAUUGGAAUUGCUCCAAAUUUUCAUCCUAUCAAUGAAAUGGUACAACUAUCUAGCCAAGUUAUAAUAAAGGAAAAGGAAUCUAUUAAUCUUGAUUCAAAGGUUUAGAAUUUACCUUCGUGAUGAUAACUUCAGCUAUACGCAUCAUCAAUGUUAUUAUGUAUUUGAUAAGGGCUUAUAGGAUGAUCGUGCAACUCUUAUGGAGGUUUUAAUCAAUUGAAAAGUAUGAACGAGACUAAGGGAGGUUUAUGUUAAGGUAAAAUUGGCUUAUUUGGAGAGAAAAGGUUGAUUGCUUCUAUGUUUGUCAAUGCAAUAUUAGCACUAAUGAUAACUGACUUUGCUGCA